GUUAAUGCCAAACAUUAGCGCGCCGUCGAACCGUGAGCACGUGCAAGCGGACAAAUUGCUGGCUGCCAAGUCAAAGUAAACAAUUUCUACGGAGGCACAUGCCCAACUGGCAACCGCACUCGUUCGCUUAAUGUACACGCUGUGAAACACAAACAACACACAGGCCAGCUGUGCUCACCGGUGCAGCAGCCAGUCAGUCGUUUCUGGUGCGUUUUCGAGUGUGCGUGUGUGUGUGUGCGCCUUUGCAUUUUGUCUUUGCAAACGCAAAGCGAUGCAGCAAAAACAAUAGAAAUUCCGUUGAGAACGCGGCGCUGGUUGGUGUUGCGACCAGCUAUCGGAUCACUUGUAUUCAGUGCCAUCGGAAUUCGCUACGCAAUCGGUUGUGUGUGUGGCAAAUGAACAGAAGUGAGCGGACUGUGGCGGUUUUGUUGAUCAGCGCAGGCCAGUAGUCAAAUACUUUGCACGGUGUUUAGUGUAAAGGAGCAUAUUUAGGAAUUAUUAGUGAUUUUUGUGUGCAGUGCAAGUGAAGUGAGUUUGUGUCCACAGUCUUUUGUGCACGUAUGUACUGCUUGAAAGCGCGCUUUAGCGAGUGAGAGUAAGAAAAUUGUCAAAAAGUGCUUACUAACAAUUUAAUUAAUAGGAAGAAAAAUAUCAUUAACUUAAAAAUGCACAACAAAGCACUGUGCUUGCUAAUGCCAAGUCGCUGCAAUGUGUAUUGUAUUUGUACAAUUGGUACAAGGCACAUGUCAAUGCAGCUGUUUUAAUAUUUUACCAAAACAACGCGUAUGACAUACAAAAGCCAAAGCGAUUGUAGUAACAUUAAGCAAAAUAAUCACAAAGCGCAUAGCAAUUGAAACGUGGGGGGAAAAUAAUAAACGCGAAGACUGGACUGCUGAAAGAAUUUUUAAACUGUGCGCCGUUGAAGCAUAAAUAAAUUUUGCGCAAAAGCAAUUUAAAACAGAUGCCCGCCUCUCUGUUGUGGAAAGCAAAGCGCCAACGGCCAGAGCUAUUACACAGCAGACAUCCGCCGCCAGCCUAAACCAAUAAAAAAAUAAACAUUAAAGAGUUGAAAACAAGUGCAACAACAACAAGUACACUACACUGCAUUGCAUUUGAAGCCACAGUUAUUGACAAAACGUCAAUAAGAAACAAGAAAUUAAAUCGAAGUGAAGUUUUGGCCAGCAAAGCAUUUGCACGUGUCUGCGAAAUGCCACAACCAAAGUGUGGAGCUUCAAGCGCAAAAUAACGCAUUCAAAAUAAUAAGCCGCAAGCUAGCUAGUAUAUAAACGAAACGCAUGGAGGCUACACAACGCCCCGCUUCCAACUCGCCACUCAUGUGCUGCUGAUGUGGACCAACCUAAAAUCUUGCGAAGUAUAGCAAGCAGCUGCAGCUGUUUCACUGUGUCAUCCAACUGACUGCCGUACAAAAUAAAACGGACUACUUGCAUACAUAUAUACAAGAGUACAUUUGUGCGCGAGCGUGUUAAUCAAAAUAUAUAAAAAAAUAUGUUCAAAAACUGUGUACUGUAGUGUAUUGCUAAAUACCGCGUAAAAGUCGCAGAAUUGCUUGAAAACAGCAGCCACCACUCUCGUACUGUUAAAAAUAUACACUUCAUUAGAUCGGCCAGUGAUUAUGUUAUUAAAUUAUAAUCGAUUGAAUUGUGUUAGAAUGGGCAUGUUUUGAAAAAGGUAUCCCUUAUUUGAAGUGUGUACGAUUAUCAAUCAACGGUGUCGAGCGCAUCUGCCAGUUACUUACAUGCAUAUAUCGGCACCUAAUCGAUCACGCGCUAAUAUUUACUCUACUAUAAUACACACUUGCGCUCACAUACAUAUAUGUAUGUAACUGAAAAUGCUUAUAAACUUUUUGGAUUGUCAAUAAAUGCAAACUUUCUAAAUUCUACGCCUCUCGGCAAACGUGAAUUGUUAAACAUUUGCACUGGCGGCACUUUUCUCUUUGGCACAUUUUAUUAUGAUGGCUCUUGACGGCAAAACUAUAAUCAAAGAAGAAAUUACUGAUAAGGACGCCUAUGAGGCUGCUGCAUCCAAUAAUUCUAGUCGACGGAAUAAAGCAAACUCUUCCUCUAACUCUUCUUCCGGCAAGGACUCGAACAACAGCAAUAACUCGUCGCAAACAAACGGCUGCACUGGUGCGGCUGGCAGUAGUGGGGUGAGUAACUCCAGUUCGAAUUGUUCGAAUCCGAACGGUAACGGAGCGCGCAGUUGCCGCACGCCCGACUCUCCGGAGAGCGCACGUGCUAUAGCACCACGUUCACCUAUGUCACCACAACUGCAUCACUCCAGCCUGGCACCACCACCACCACGACCGAAUCGCAAUGCCAGCGCCUCACCGGUAGUGAAUGGCGCCACGACCACCACAUCACCGCCACCGCUACCUACACCACCCACACAAGCCGCACUGGCAGCAGCCGCUGCUGCAGCUACUGCGGCUGCGGUGCAUGCUGAGCAGACACGCCUACUCAGCAAGAUACGUAAAUUCCUUGGAUCUUUGGUACAGUUAGCGCAAGAGGUGCACCCCGAAGUGAGCGAUCGUGUGCGCGCUUUAGUGCUCUCAUUGGUCAGUGGCAGCAUAAGCAUUGAUGAAUUCCGGCUGACGCUGCAAGAUGUCAUUAAUUUGCCAUUGCGCCCGUACGUCAUUCCAUUACUGAAAAACCACAUUUCACUGCUGCAGCGCGAGAUCGCCGAACUAGCGCGUGCUAGUAAUCAGACUGCACUACAAUACGUUACUACCAAUGAGAAUGUGGUAAUGGAGUUUUCUCCACACGGCCCAUCUGCCGAAUAUAGUGACAUGUUUGUACACAUAGACGCUGCGCAGGCUGCAGCAGCGGCAGCCGUUGCGCAAGCUGCAGCGUCCAACAGCGCCGGUACUACGAGUCUCGUCUUUAAGCGGCGCGCUUCGGACACUCUGAUGGAACAUCACAAUGGCAUACAAGACUGGAAUGAUUAUAUGGCCGCAUAUCCGCCUGCCAAGCGCGCCUUGCACGCACAUACGGCCCACUUAAGCGCCGCAUCCGCAGAUGCACGUCUCGCAUUUACCAGUCAACCAACCAUAUUUGAUUAUUCGACGACAGCCAGUAGCACAUCGGCAGUAACUCAAUCUGAGAAUAAUUUCAACAGUCUUAUGGAAAAGGCAAAUCACAGAGAAGAUCGCGAUCUGCGAGUUAAUACCGGCGCGGAACCUGCAACGCAACGACAUGCACCACGCGCUGGUCCACCAAGCGCCAGCACUAGUGCUGCUGCUGCUGCUGGCAGUGUCAAUGCCACACUUGGCGGCGAAGAAGAAUGGAAGAAUAUACACACUAUGUUGAACUGUAUUUCAGCAAUGGUGGAUAAGACCAAACGCGCAAUUACCAUCUUGCAACAGCGCGGCGUAGAGCCCCAACAGCCCAACUACGGCGAAGUCACACCAGCAACGCUGGCCGAAAUACGGCGUCAGACAGAAGAGAAGGUGGCUGAGUUCAAACGUAAUGCCGAGGAAGCCGUCAAUCAGGUGAAACGACAAGCGGUGAUUGAAAUACAACGCGCAGUGGUAGCAGCCGAAACACGCGCCUCAGAAGUGAUGUCGCAGGAACGUUUGCGCAUGGAAAAGUUUUUCGUCGAGAUGAGUCGUCAUUCCGGUGGCAUACACAACUCCAGUGCGGCUAUCGCCGGUGUAGCAGCCGCCACAGUGCCAGCCGAACGGGAGUUGGACAACAAAUCACCCUCGAUUACAUCGGGACAAAAUGCCUGCUGGAAUUGUGGCCGUAAAGCAACCGAAACUUGCUCUGGCUGCAAUUUGGCGCGAUAUUGUGGUGCAUUCUGUCAACACAAGGAUUGGGAACACCAUCACCAGAUUUGCGGCACCACACGUUCAUCUGAUCUUUCUGCCAAACACAGCGUGUCUCAGGGCAUCCCACUUACUGCAAAUAUGCGCGGUUCCAUCUCCAGAUCCCCGCCAAAUCUACCGUUGCCAACGCAGUCGACGUCUCAAGUGCCGCAGCCGCAGAACUCAGGCAGCGGCAGUGUUGCGCCACCGAGUUCGUUGGUGGCGAACGGUGUCGGCUCCAAAUGACGCAUUCGCAUGAUGAAACCGAAGAAAAAGUACUUGUGCUAGUCAAAUUAAACUAAAAAUUAUGCAUAAAUUAAUUAGAAUUAACUUCAAUAUAAACUAAACUAAACUUAUUGACACUAUGUAUAAAAAUCGACCGAAAAGUGGAGUUGAGCCUGCGAACGGCAUUGAAACGCUCAAAAAUAAAAAGAAUUUUAAUUAUAUCAGCACAACAAUAUCAAAACCAUAAUCAAAAUAGACUUUAAACAAUUUAUUAUAUGCUAUAAAACAAAAAUGAUGAAAGAGAUACAAUUUUAACGUUUGAAAUUCACUUAAACGCAGUUUGCAGUCUUCAAACUUCAAAUGUUAAUGAGACGUUUUACGCA